AUGGGAUGCGUGUUGGGGCAACGCGAUGAAACAAGAAAAAAGGAGCAUGAUAUUUACUAUCUAAGUAAAAAAUGUACAUAUGUUGAAAAUGUUAGAACGUACUUGUUGUGCCUUAACUUGGGAGGCUCAUCAAUUGAGGCAAUACUCGUAGGGAAAAUUUCUCGCUGGCAAGUGAUGUUAUCAGAAUAUGAUAUUACCUAUGUUAUUCAGAAAGCCAUCAAAGGGAGUGCAUUAGUAGAUUAUCUAGCUAAUCAACUUGUGGAUGAUUAUAAGUCAAUGCAAUGCGAAUUCUCAAAUGAAGGCAUCAUGGUUUUGUCUGAACAAUGCCAUAAUGGAAAAUGGACCUUGUUGUUCGAUGGGGCCUCAAACAUAAUGGGGCAUGGUAAUAUGAAGCUUGUGCCAUGUGAAUUUUGGCUGCUUUUAAAAGAAAAUGUACUGGAAGUAUAUGGAGAUUCAACCAUAGUCAUUUAUCAGCUUAACCAAGAAUGGGAAACUCGAGAUAAGAAGUUUAUACCUUAUUUAACUACAUAA